AUGUUAUUUGCUUCUUCCUUUCGUACAAAUAUUAUUCACGUUUAUCAACGUUUUCUCCACAAACGAUAUUACUAUCAUCAAAACAUUUCUGAACUUGACUUUCGUCAUAGUGGUUCAGCUCGAUUUCAACUUCUUCAUACACUAUCUCAACAAGCACAACAAACAGUCAGUAAUAAUUUAAUACAAUUCUACUCAGCGGAAUUUAUCAUUACUGAACUUGUCAUUCCUAAAACAUUUAAUAUUCAAGCUGAAUCUUUUAUUCAACUAUUUGAACGAACAACACCACAGUCCUUUCUCAAUAUGCUCAAAUUAAUUGAACAAACAAUAACACGCAAUCAAAUACUUUCAGGAAUCGACACACUUUUUGCUCUCAUGUUUUAUGGUCCUUGGUGUUGUUAUUGUGAGGGAUUAAUGAUAUGUCAGUUACCAGAAGGGAUUUAUGCUAAUAUAAAUCAAUAUGAUUAUCCUGGAUCUUAUUACUCAUAUGACCCACCGAUUCAAAUGACCUCGAUGAUAGAUACUACACUAAUAUUGCCCGGCAGUGACCUUUCUGAUCAGGAUUUUCGACAUCUGGUACCUUAUUAUUUUGGUCUCUUAUCAACAUUUUGUCAAUCAUCUAAUGAGACAAUUGUUGAUAGUUUGACUCAAUUCUAUGCAAAUGAAUAUAUUACAUCUCAAGUUGUCUUAUCAAAUUUAUUUGUCAAUCAAGCUGUUUCAUUUAUUGAAUUAUUUACAACGACAACAACACAACAAUCAUUCAAACAAAUAUUUAACUUGAUUCGAGGAGUCAUAUUUGGCAAUUAG